AUGGCCGACGACAAGAAGCCAACCACGCUGCUUCCGCCGGCAGUCGCAGCCCUCAAGCAGGAAGCUGCCGUGACUGCCAACAACCGCCAAGCCAUGGAGCGGUCUGUCAGCCAGGACAUGCGAGAGCAGCGUGAGGACCUGAAGGAGGCGGCCGAGCACAGCUUGAACGUCAUCAUGGACUUGGACCUGGAGAAUAACAUACGCUAUGUUACUCCCCAGUGGAAAGAUGUCAUUGGGACCACGCCACAGGAAGUCGUCGGCAAGUCGGUCAUGGACAUCAUCUACGGCGGUGCAGAUGGCUUCGAGGAGACGAUCGAGUCGGUCAAGAAGUACGACUCGCGAAGCCACAUUGUCCGCUUUUCCGUCCGCAUGGGACCACACUCCGUACUGAGGAAGCGACGAUCGAGGCCCGCUGCAGAAGACACGCCGGAGCAGGCACCCCAGUCGCCAGUCAGCGCCGACCAUGAGGAAGAGCAGAUCUUGAACCUGGAGGCGCAAGGCAUCAUGAUCUACGACCGGGCUACUGGAGCUGAGAGCCAUACAAUGUGGAUGAUCCGUCCGUCCGUCCUCCGUGAAGUGACCAUUGACCUUCCCGAAGUCUUGGUCGAGUCUCUUGGUGUAGGCGCCGAAGUGCUCGCCCACUACCUCACCGGUCUUGCCGAGCAGGGUGCCAGUGACCCCAGCAACCACCCGCCUCCAUUGCCCGUUCUCUGUCGAAUCUGUGAGCGACAGAUUACGCCUUGGUGGUUCGAAAAGCACUCCGAGCUCUGUCUGCAGGAACACCGUGCCGAGAUGGACGUUCAAAUGGCCCAGGAGACGCUUUCCGAGCACCGCAACGCCAUUGUCAAAGUGCUCGACACACUUGAAGCCCAGAACCAGCGCUCCCGAGCUACUUCGACCGAGCUCAUGCAGGCUCCACAGCCCGCAGAAUACAAAGGCAUGGUCAUUCACCCGAGCUCUACACCGUCAUCUGGAACACCGUCGGGCCGCAAUUCACCCGCCUCUCCGCCCUCGAGAUCAAAGGAACGCUCCGAGCGCUCGACUGGUUUUGGUCAUCAUCGAGCACGCUCUUUCGCCGUCCGUCGACCACUCGCUCGCAUCGUCGAACUAGUCCUUGAUCUAUGCGAUACGGCACUUGAAAUCAACACACCUGCCAUCAAAGAUACUGCACGUGGCCAAGCAGCCGCUGAAAUCCGUACCCAGUCGCCGCAGUCCGAGAACCGCAUCUCGCAAGUCCUCCAAUGGCAGUCACCCACCACAGGCUCUUCGGACCACAGCGAAGGUCUGAAGCAGCUUUGCGAGGACACCAACAAGCUUGCCAAGGCCAAGAUUGAUGCUGUUACAAGGCACCGAAGAGUCCUCGAAUACUCGGAGCGUCUCCGUGUCGAAUUUGACGUUCUAGUCCAAGAGUGCAUCGAAGCCGCUAUGCUUAAGGCAGCUCAGAUUGCCGCAGGAGUCGACAGCUCAUCAGAAGAAGACGAGCAGCAAGAAGGCGAAAGGACGACAGAUGAGAACGACAUCCCAACCGGCGAGGAUGGCAUCUUUCCCGGAUCUUUCGACGCUCCUUCGGCCAUGGCGCAGGCUCUGCGGAACGUUGCGGAAGUCUCGCUUCCUGCACGUGUCGGACGUAGGGAGUCCUCUGUCACCGGCUCGAAUCGAUCUGAUAGCCCGAGAGGAGCUGCAACACCACGUUCUCAUGCGGGUGCUAUCAGCAUAGCUACUCAGAACAAGCGACACUCGAUGCACUUCGAGAGCGAUGCAGGCGCUGAUAGCGAUACAAGUGCUCAUUCAUCGGUGCUCUCAGCUCCCCGACGAACGGAUUCGCCCGCAGCGGAGAUGAAUAUGAGCAGAGUGGCAAGCUCACGGGAGCGCAAGCAUGGUCCGAAAGCCGUAUCGCCACGCCUUCCCCCUACUACGCAGCCACAGCCGCGUGCUGUACCGCCAUCGAUCAAGGACUUCGAGAUCAUCAAGCCCAUCAGCAAAGGAGCAUUUGGCAGUGUCUAUCUUGCCAAGAAGAAGUCGACUGGCGAAUACUAUGCCAUCAAAGUCCUGAAAAAGGCGGACAUGGUAGCCAAGAAUCAAGUUACCAACGUCAAGGCGGAACGAGCUAUCAUGAUGUGGCAGGGCGAGAGUGACUUCGUUGCUAAACUUUACUGGACCUUUUCAAGCAAAGACUAUCUCUACUUGGUUAUGGAGUAUCUCAAUGGCGGCGAUUGCGCUUCUCUUAUCAAAGUUCUUGGUGCACUGCCUGAGGACUGGGCCAAGAAGUAUCUUGCUGAAGUCGUUCUUGGAGUGGAGCAUUUGCAUAGCCGUGGCAUCGUUCAUCGCGAUCUUAAACCCGACAACCUGCUGAUUGAUCCUAAGGGUCAUCUGAAGCUCACCGACUUUGGUCUCUCUCGCAUGGGAAUGAUUGGCCGUCAGAAACGUGCGCUCAAGUCUACUGAACAGGCUCCGGAUCUUCUCAAGACUGGUCCCUUCCAUCGCGCUACUUCUGUGGGGUCGUCUCGCUCCGCUUCCUUCGACUUGAACCCCUCACCCUCACAGACGCCAGCUAUGACACCAGCACUUGCAGGCGAUCUUGGGCAACCAUCCUACUUCAAUCUCAACAGAGACAGCUCGACCGCUCGUGAACCUUCCAGAAGAACUUCGGGCCAUCGUAGUGACAGUCAGGAUAGUGAUGCUUUGCAGGCCAUGUUCCGUCGGUUCUCUAUUGCAGACUUUGAGUCCUUUGGCCAACCCCGUGGGCGCUCGCCCAUUGAAGAGGAAACAUACAGCGACGAGGGAUCGCCAGACCUAUUUCCUGCCGCGCCUAGCAUGAGCCAUUCACAGAUUACACACAACAGCACGCCGCCUGCGACCUCGACCAUGCCGCCUCCACCAAUGGCCUUGUUCGACCCCGAAGACAAUAACAGGAAGUUCGUCGGCACGCCUGACUAUCUUGCACCAGAGACUAUUGCCGGCAAUGGGCAGGAUGAGGUCAGUGAUUGGUGGUCUCUUGGAUGCAUACUAUUUGAAUGCCUUUACGGCUACCCGCCGUUCCACGCGGAUACGCCAGAUGAAGUAUUCCAAAACAUCCUUGCUCGAAGGAUCCAUUGGCCUGCCGAUGACGAUGAGGACUACGAUAUUUCGGAUGAGGCGAAGGAUCUCAUGAAUCGUCUCAUGUGUUCUGACCCCACAGAGCGUCUCGGGGCAAACAAGGAUGAGAAGUAUGCAAGUGGAGGUGAAGAGAUUCGCAGCCACCCUUGGUUUGAUGAUCUCAACUGGGACACACUGCGCGACGACGAAGCGUCCUUCAUCCCUGCACCUGAGAACCCAGAAGACACGGAGUACUUCGACACCAGAGGCGCUGCCAUGGACAGCUUCACACCCGAGUUUGAAGAUCAAGCGCCGUCUUCCGCUGGCACUCCUAGCGCCGACUAUCCUGACCGUCCGCACGAUGCACUAUCUCGUGUACGCUCGCAGGUCACCGUGCAGACAAUGAAGCGUGGCCUCAUUCCUCUGCACAUUCCGGCACAUGUGCGAGAAGGAAGGUCAAGGCGACUGAGUGAACCCAUGGCAACAGAUGAUUUCGGCAACUUCAGUUACAAGAAUCUUCCCGUACUUGAGAAGGCCAACAAAGACGUGAUUCAGAAGCUCCGCGCAGAGGCGAUGCUUCCACAGAACAAGUCGCAAUCUUCCAAUGAUUCCGGGACCACUGAAGCGUACACUAUCAACGAAUCGCGCGACUGGCCGCCCAUCGUCGCCGUCUAUGAGCGGGCCUGCGUCUUCGCCAAGUCGUGGUUCGCAGCCAUCAUCUCCCUUGCUUCACCACGAACGACGCAAGACCUCGAGCAGCUCGUCUACAUUGUCCCACUCUACAAGCAACCCGUCUUCACUACAACCCGGAAGCUUCUUCGAUCCUUCGCGCUUGUCUGGACUCCGACCAUCGCCAGAGGCAAUAUCACCUAUCAAGCUGUCGAAAACACCAACUACAACUUCCACAGGUCUCCACUGAGCGAUCUGGUAGCCAGCGCCAAGCAUCUGUUGGUACCCAAAAUGCAUCUUCGCCACGCGCAAGAUCGCAGACGCUUGGGUCGCAAGAGGAUGAUGUUGUUCGUGAUCUUGUUCCGGCACAUCACAAGCGACGAAGUCAAGUAUACUGAAGACUCACGCGCUAAAGCGCUGCUUCGCGUGCAAAGGCGGAGGCAGAGUUCGCGCAGACUAUCUCAAAUCAACUUCAGUGACGGACCCUUCUUCCGUCCGCUUGACGUCUUGAUCUGCGAAGACCAUCCCGUCUCUCGACUUGUCAUGGAGAAAUUGCUCGAAAAGCUACGUUGUCGCACACUGACCGUCACCAACGGUUCAGAAGCGAUUCGCUAUGCCAUGGGCGAAGUCAAAUUCGAUGUCAUCAUGAUGGAGUUCCGACUGCCUCAGGUUAAUGGCGCAGAUGUUGCCCGCAUGAUCCGCGACACGAAGAACGCCAACACGCACACGCCCAUCGUCGCAGUAACGGGCUAUCUCAAGGAGCUACAAGCACCGCACUAUUUCGACGCGCUUAUUGAGAAGCCGCCUACCAUCGCGAAGCUCACGGACACGCUGGGCAGAUUGUGUCAGUGGAAGCAAGCUCCGCCGAACUGGACGCCCAAUCAAAUGUAUCCCUCCAUGAUGCCCUCAGGCCUGCGACAAGAGUCCACACGGCAGGAGGAUAGCCCCACGUCCAAUUCCUCUGGAUUCGCUGCUGUACCAUCAGGCAGCUACCGAGGCUCAAGCCGCGAAGAUUCCAUCAGCUCAAGCUUCUUUGGCGAUGCGGAGAGUCGCGCAGGCGAAGAUGUGCCUGUUGUCAUUGCCCGCCAUAACGCUGAUGAUUGGCGCGAAAGAGACAUAGCGCGAGCUAUGAAUGGCUUGGGGAUUUCGGACGAUGCAGCGACUGUCGAUCCUAAGAACAUCGUGCAGCAGACUGUGAGCCCACCUGACCUUUCCCAUCGGGACUCCGCGCCCGCCGUGCUCGAGGAGGCAACGAUCCGCCGUCAACGUUCCGCAGAGCAAGUUGGCGCGAAACGUCGUCUACUCGAAACUCGCAAGCACGAAUCCGCUGAAUCUGGUGACGACGAGGACGAGGAGCUGGGUAAUGUCACUGUUCGCGCGACACGCAGCCCGACGUCACGCAGCCCCAAGACGCGGCCGAAGUCGACUUCCAAGCUCGGCAUCGAGAUGAUGCGCACCAAUAGCAGAGGAAGUGUCAUCUCCGUUGAAGAUGUCGGAGUGCCUGAUACCACACUCCCGUCUUCCCCACCCCCUGUCAUUACCGAAGAUCGCGCUGCUGAAGAACGAGAGAGCAAUCUACUCACACCGCCUGAGAUCUUCCCCGCAGCGCCAGGGCACGAAGUAGCCGAAUUCAGCAUGGACACGCCUGAAGUCACGACACCGGUCCAAGACGCAACGACGCCGGACCCCGACCCCACCCCCAGAGCGACUUCGAACAAGGGCGCAUAG